AUGCCUCCUCCGCCGCGCCGCGCGAGCGCCCGCUCCGCGGGCUCCGCGGGGAAGCAGUCGACGCUGUCGUUCCACCACCGGGUGACCAAGACGGGGGCGUCGCAGGGGGGCAAGAAGGCGGCGGCGGCGGCGCCGCCCGCCUCGACCCGCUCGACCCCGCCCGUCGUCGCGCCGCCCGCCUCGCCUCCGGCGGCCGCCGCGCGCGAGCCCCAGGAAGAAGACGAGCGCGAGCUCAAGGAGAGGGAAGAGGCUGUCCCCCCGCAGGCAGCCGACGCGGUGCGGCGCGCGCGCGCGCUGGCGCCGCGGCAGAUCGACGCGUAUUGGCGGGCGCUGGAGCAGGCGCGCGGAGCGCGCCGCGUGCACCAGGAGGGCCUGGAUGUAGGCGAGAAGGUGCUGCGGUACUGGGACGUGAGCUCGCAGUACGGGCCCUGCGUCGGCAUGACCCGCACCAAGCGCUGGCUCCGCGCCCACCGUCUCGGCCUCGACCCCCCGCUCGAGGUCCUCGCCGUGCUGCUCCGCGAGGAGGAGGCCCCCGCUGCCGAGACCGCGCACAUGGAUGAGAUCCUCAACUCGACCGCUGUUGGGGCGAUUUGA